GCAAAAUCUAUACUUUCUUUCGGAACCACUCUUGCGGUUCAAUUAUUUUCUAAAAGAACGGAAACUAAUUAAAAAUGUUACAUAUUAAAGUCAUGAAAUAAUUAAACGAUUAAUUUAAGACUAUGUGGCAGAUAAAUACAAGAUGGCAUUAAGUAAGUCUCUUUAAACUUUUUAUCUGAAUUGUGGACUAUCUGCAGCUGUUGUAUCUUUCAUGGUGAAGUUAGCACAAUUAAGGAUAUUUGCUGUGAAUGAAAGUAAAUAUUAGGUGAAAUAACGACGUUAACAAUCUUUGUGAGUGGAAAGUGUACAUAAGACAUUCUUGUAAAUGAUACUGUGUGAAUAGUAUACAUGUUGGAAUACUGCAACGAGUUGGUUAGAAGAUUGAUCGUAACGAUGUUACAGCGUACGGCAGCCAUUACAAAACGUCGACAGGUCUAAAAAACAACAACAAAUACGUUACUUCAAAAUCAUAGAAAGAUGAUGUCGAGGUAUUCUGACGGACACGGCUUGGAGUACUCUUCGAGAUCACCAUCCAGUCCGCGAGGGAGAAGAUAUGUUUUGAAAAACUUAAACUACAAGAAACGAAAACAGAUAACUUUGGACAAAUCUAGAAAUGAAGAAUACUUCGACCUACGGAAGGUGCAAACUUCUAGAGAUUCAGUAAACACGUACCAAAGUCUUAGCAAACCUGUGGGAACCUCAAACAAAGUCAUGCCGACUGAAUCUCCCAGGAAACAACCAGUGUAUGUAUCUCCUCGGAAAGAUGUCAGGGCAGAGGUAGCUUCAAAGAAGCAAGCAGACGACAAGAAAACUCCUAGAAAAGGUGAUACUAAGACUGACAGUAAUGCCGUAAGUAGUCGUAAGAAUGAACAUGGUCUUACGCCAAGAGAUGAGUAUAUGGUCACUAAGCUGUAUGACAGAGAGAUAAUAUACCUUAAGCCAUCUGAGGUGCGAUACACUCAUGAUCAGAUACCGGCUCAUUUCCAAGAUGGACGUUCAAUGAUUUCCUCGUUCAUUGCACUACUUUACGGACGCGUAGAGAUACGUUUAGGCGGCAAAGACAUUCCACCAAUAGAGGUGAUGCAAACUGAAGAGAUGGAAAGUGGGAGGUCAGGAAAACUUUGGUACGUGGUGAAUGGUAAUAGACGCUUGUUUGUGUUUAGAAGACUUGAAAAAUGCGGCGCUUUAUCUACCAUGCAGGUGGUAACUAGGAAAUAUGAUGCCAUUGAAAUGGACAAACAUUUUCUAACCAGAAACCAUGGGCGAGCUAUAUCCAUAACGAACGAUGCAGGUAUCAGUGCAAAGAUAGCCAAGGAAGUAGCGAAAUGGAAGGAAUGGAAAGCCAAACAACCGAAACAGAAUGACGUGAAAGGGAGAAAAGGAAAAGGGCCAAAUAAAGGGGCCAACAAAGGAAGAAAACAGGGACCAUCGGAGGGAGUACCGGGAGCCAAAUCGAGCUGUUGUGUUAUAAGCUAGCAGCAUACAUUUUUCAUCCACACCGACUAAAUGGCCACAUUCAGCUGACGUCUGUGAAAACUGAACGUGACCAAUAAGAAAAGCCCUUAAAAGUGAUUAGCGUAAAUAGUAGUCUUGGCAAAAGUAAGAUUUCUCUGGCAUUACCGAUUUAAUUUUACAUCUUGAACAGCCUUUAUGACCUUAACGUUCAUUAUAUCAUUUGAAAAGGUACACAUCUGCAGGUGAAUAAUAUAACAUGAACAUCACGUUCAUGUUAUUGUUCGUCAAGGUACAAAUCUGCAAGUAAAGAACAUACAUUGACAUUCACGUUUAAUAAUUAUAUUGUUCAUCAAGAUACAUAUCUGCAAGUGAAGAACUUACAUAGACCUUCACGUUCAAUAUAUUUGUCGUUGAAGAACACAUCUGCAAGCUAAGAACAGAGAAGGACCUCACGUUCAAUAUAUUGCUCGUCGAAGAACACAUCUGCAAGCUAAGAACAGAGAAGGACCUCACGUUCAAUAUAUUGCUCGUCGAAGAACACAUCUGCAAGCUAAGAACAGAGAAGGACCUCACGUUCAAUAUAUUGCUCGUCGAAGAACACAUCUGCAAGUAAAGAACAGAGAAGGACCUCACGUUCAAUAUAUUGCUCGUCGAAGAACACAUCUGCAAGCUAAGAACAGAGAAGGACCUCACGUUCAAUAUAUUGCUCGUCGAAGAACACAUCUGCAAGUAAAGAACAGAGAAGGACCUCACGUUCAAUAUAUUGCUCGUCGAAGAACACAUCUGCAAGCUAAGAACAGAGAAGGACCUCACGUUCAAUAUAUUGCUCGUCGAAGAACACAUCUGCAAGUUAAGAACAGGGAAGGACCUCACGUUCAAUAUAUUGCUCGUCGAAGAACACAUCUGCAAGUUAAGAACAUGUAUAGACCCUACGUUCAAGAUAUUAAACACGUAAAACAAAAUGGGAUGUAGGAUUGAACACCUUUUACCAACCGAGUUUUGUUUUCGACGUCUUGUGUUUGAAUUUAGCCUUCUUGUUAAAACAUGCACAUUUCUCAAAACGCACCAAAACAUGGAUAAUCUAUUAAAAUUUGAAUUCUUAUAAUUUGCAAGUACCUUAAACUACAUGUGAUGGUAAAGAAACUGUAUCUCUUCAAUUUCGUAGGGUUUUGGUCACGAUGUAUGCACGUCUUACAUACUUCCGGCCUUCUCUGACUAACAUGUAGUACGCAAAACGUUAUUGCCUGGUAUGCUGUCAAUAGAUAUGUUACAUGUUUAUGUGUAUUAUCUGUAUAUACAUAGCUAUUUAUUUAAUAAAACAAAUUAUA